AUGAGGGAAUCAGGAAACAUCUUGAAGGAGGUGGUAUUAGAGGGUGCUAAAGAUUCUGAGAGGCAGGAAGGAGGGAGGGUACUGCAGGCCAAUGAAUGGUUUGGCGCGGUCUUGCUGACAGUGUGUUGCAUGAGGAGGAAGAAGAAAACAUCAAACCCAGAAAACAACCUGAGUUAUUGGAAUAACGCCAUCACCAUGGACUACUUCAACAGGCAUGCUGUGGAGCUGCCCAGAGAGAUCCAGUCCCUGGAAACUUCUGAGGACCAGCUCUCGGAGCCCCGCUCUCCAGCCAAUGGAGAUUACAGAGGCAGUGGGAUGGUCCUUGUAAACCCCUUCUGUCAAGAAACGCUGUUUGUAGGAAACGACCAAGUGUCUGAGAUCUAA